GAAUCGAGUCAGUUUUGUUCUGACCGUUCGUAUAAGAGGAACUCAUUUUCGGCGGACUAAAAUAUACUCAGAUUAUAUACUUUUUUUACAAGGCUGUCUAUUUUUCGUGUUUGGAUCAUAACAGACGUUAGUGUGCCGCACAACACUUAUAAUAGAUUUUCUACCAGUGUUAUUAGACAGAGAUAGAAUCAAGAGCGCGCGAAGCGCGCCUUCAUUCCUAUGGCCAAUAAUUUUUACAAUGUAUAUUGAAAAAAUUGGAGCAUCGUGAUAAAGAAGUUUUAAAUAGCGGGAAAAACUGAAAGAUUUUCAGUUACACUCUUGAUACAUUUUCUUACAUUUCGAAGAAGAUACAUCUUGAUCAGUAAAAAUGUUUUAUUUACUACUUGUUAUUCUUGGGGUUCUCAUAUUUCACAUCUCUACUCGAUAUAGUAGAAUGGGAAAGUUAGUGAAUAAAAUUCCUGGACCUAGACCAAUUCCAAUAUUAGGAAAUAUGCUGCUUCUGAACGUUUCAUCAGAUAAACUGUUUGGCAUUAUGAGAGAACUUAUAAACAGCUAUUAUCCGAUAUUGAAAGUAUGGUUUUGUACCAAUGCAAUGGUUGGUCUUCGACACCCAGACGAUCUCGAGGUAAUACUUUCAAGUCAAAAAGCUAUAGAUAAAAGUUACGUUUACGGUUACCUAGAACCUUGGCUCAAAACUGGACUUUUAACUAGCACAGGGGAUAAGUGGAGAGCACGCCGAAAAAUUUUGACACCAGCUUUUCAUUUUCAAAUUCUGAAGAAGUACAUGGAUAUAACAAGCGAACAAGGUGAAAAAAUGAUUGAUGCUCUUAGACAAAAGAAAGAGAUGGUAGAAAAUAUUGUGCCAAUGUGUUCGACUUUUACUUUGAAUAUAAUUUGUGAAUCGGCUAUGGGUGUUGCAUUAGAUAAAAUUGACGCUAAAGAACUCAAGGAGUAUAAAAUGGCAAUCCAUGAUAUGGGCGAUGUUGUUGUUCAGAGGUCGGUCCAGCCAUAUGUACUAGACUGGAUGAUGUCUCCUCUUAUAAAACUUGGGCGAAUGCAGAAAAAUGCGCUUACAGUCCUUCACAAAUUUACCGACAAGGUAUUAAAAGAAAGAAGAAACUAUCAUAAUCGCACAGAAAAUAAAUACUUACACGAAUUGGAUGAUAAUGCACACGAUGAUGAUAGUGACAAAGUUGCUUUAGGUCGUAAAAAAAGAUUAGCAAUGCUUGAUCUUUUACUGUUAGCUGAGAAGAAAGGUUUAAUUGAUGAAGAAGGAAUAAAAGAAGAAAUGGACACUUUUACCUUUGAAGGUCACGAUACAACUGGUAUAGCCUUGAUUUUUAUAUUAUUAAUGCUAGCUGAGAACAAAGAAGCUCAGGACAAAGCCAGAGAGGAAGUAUCAGAAAUGCUGAAUUCGACUGGAGGAAAAAUAUCACAAACCGAAAUUCAAGAUUUUAAUUACCUCGAGAGAUGUAUUAAAGAAACCUUGCGACUUUAUCCAUCGGUGCCGAACGUUUUGCGUCAUUUGACGGAAGAUCUUCAACUCAAAACCCACACCCUUCCUGCUGGCGUAGACGUUAUUUGUUUUCUGUACGACGUCCAUAGAGAUCCAAACUUUUGGCCUGAUCCUGAAAAAUUUGAUCCCGAUAGGUUUCUUCCCGAAAGCAGUGCUGGGCGCCAUCCUUACGCCUACGUACCAUUUAGCGCCGGACCUCGUAAUUGUAUUGGGCAAAAAUUCGCGAUGAUGGAACUCAAAUCCCUAGUGGCACGCAUACUGUACAACUUUCAAUUAGAGCCUAUCGACCGUUCUGCUGAUGUGAAAUUUACGACGGAUUUGGUCUUAAGACCAACCAAUCCAAUACGUGUAAAAUUUGUCAGGAUAGACAAAUAAGACAAGUCCUGCGGGUAGAAUCGAAUGUUAGGUUGAUCAAUUUUUAGAAUAAGAUGAGAGGUGAUGGUCAAAAUUUGUAAUUCAUUGCAGAAUUUCCAUGUCCGUCAUACAUGUGUAGAUAACCUUUCAUUGUCCCGACAAUUUAAAUAUAUAAAGGCGAAAAUGAUAAUACACGAAA